AUGUUUGCAGUUCAACAUGGUGGCUGGUGUGCGGCCAGUGCUACAGCACCAAAGACCUUUGACAAGUAUGGAAAAUCUACAGCUUGUGGACCUGAUGGCGAGGGAGGGCCAUGGGCUAAUCAAGUUUAUGUCAUCAAAGGUAAACUAAAGUAUCUUCCUUGUGAUAAGGAAGACCUGAAUAAUAUAUGCUACUUUCAAAAUGACUUGGUUCAUUGUCGCCAAAACGUUGUCAACGACAACGAAACUUAAAAGAAAAAACUUAGAAAGCAAUUCUCAUAUACUCUCUUAAAAUGUACCAGCAGUAAUGUUAUAUUUUAAAUAAAAUUUUAGCAUCCAUUGGAUGCUACCUGGACAAACCGAGUCGAGCAAUUCAACCCUUGGAAGGAAAGAAAAAGAAAGAAAAGAAAAGAAAAUGAAAAAGUAUAUAAGUGAAAUAAUGUGGUUCCUCUCUAGUCACAUUAAUCACCUCGCGAAUAACCUUAAAGAGAUAAAACGUCGAUUUGACAAGAACAUUACUUUUAUUUACAUGCUUAGGGUAUGAAACUAUUGGAUGUUACAGGGACACAUCAAACCGCGCAAUCGAGCCCUUGGAAGGAAAGGAUUCCAUUUUGGAUGGAGCAUAUCGGACUCGAAAGAAUCCAAUUGCAAAGUGUGCCGUGGCUGCAAUGAGAGCGGGUUACAGCAUGUUUGCAGUUCAACAUAGCGGCUGGUGUGCGGCCAGUGCUACAGCACCAAAGACCUUUGACAAAUAUGGAAAAUCUACAGCUUGUGGAUCUGAUGGCGAGGGAGGGCCAUGGGCUAAUCAAGUUUAUGUCAUCAAAGGUAAACUAAAGUAUCUUCCUUGUGAUAAGGAAGACCUGAAUAAUAUAUGCUACUUUCAAAAUGACUUGGUUCAUUGUCGCCAAAACGUUGUCAACGACAACGAAACUUAAAAGAAAAAACUUAGAAAGCAAUUCUCAUAUACUCUCUUAAAAUGUACCAGCAGUAAUGUUAUAUUUUAAAUAAAAUUUUAGCAUCCAUUGGAAGCUACCUGGACAAACCGAGUCGAGCAAUUCAGCCCUUGGAAGGAAAGAAAAAGAAAGAAAAGAAAAGAAAAUGAAAAAGUAUAUAAGUGAAAUAAUGUGGUUCCUCUCUAGUCACAUUAAUCACCUCGCGAAUAACCUUAAAGAGAUAAAACGUCGAUUUGACAAGAACAUUACUUUUAUUUACAUGCUUAGGGUAUGAAACUAUUGGAUGUUACAGGGACACAUCAAACCGCGCAAUCGAGGCCUUGGAAGGAAAGGAUUCCAUUUUGGAUGGAGCAUAUCGGACUCGAAAGAAUCCAAUUGCAAAGUGUGCCGUGGCUGCAAUGAGAGCGGGUUACAGCAUGUUUGCAGUUCAACAUAGCGGCUGGUGUGCGGCCAGUGCUACAGCACCAAAGACCUUUGACAAGUAUGGAAAAUCUACAGCUUGUGGAUCAGAUGGUGAAGGCGGACCAUGGGCGAAUCAAGUUUAUGUCGUUAACGGUAAGACGUUGUUUCGAUGUAGGUCCCUCAGUCACUUAGAAGAGACACAAGCCAUUGUAUGCUAUCAGUUGCCAGCCGUCCAGUAAAUUUUUUUUUUUUGAGCAACCAAUUUUUUCUCAUUCUAAAGCAGAAAAGGUAACUAUGAUGUAGAACUGACGCUUGAUACUAUGGAAAAUAACCAUAAACUAAAAGAUGACAUGACUCUCUAUCAAAUAAAAGUAAAGGAUCUCGCUAGUCAACUCUUAAAUUCACUCUAUUUUACCCUUUCAUGAGCACCAGCUCCCAGUAUUCGAAAUAUUUAUUCUGUGUCCGUUUUUAUCUCCUUUUAGGAUAUGGAUCCAUUGGAUGCUACAAGGACACCGGAAACCGAGCAAUUUUACCCUUGGAAGGAAAGGAUUCUAUUUUGGAUGGUGCAUAUUGGACUCGAAAAAACCCCAUUGAGAAGUGCGCAGUGGCUGCAAUAAGAGCAGGUUACAGCAUGUUCGCAGUUCAACAUAGUGGCUGGUGUGCGGCCAGUGCUACAGCACCAAAGACCUUUGACAAGUAUGGAAAAUCUACAGCUUGUGGAUCUGAUGGCGAGGGUGGACCAUGGGCCAAUGACGUUUAUGUAAUCAGAGGUGAGACAGCUAGAUAUAGUGUUUCGAUGUACACCCCGCAUUAUUAGACAUCACAUGCCACCAGUAGCUAACCGUCGUGUCUUUUUUCUUCUUUUUGAAGCAUCAGACGAAAUAUCAUCGUAAAUUCGAAAGGUUGUGGGUUGAGUUUCUUGUCGGUCCUCUCCCGUGCCCCGGAAGGCUUUUCUUGGGUACUCCAGUUUUUUUUUCUGGACUCUCUCCUGGAAUUAGUUAAUAAGGAUCAAAUAUAUAUUUGAGAAAGAAAGAAACCCCUAUAUAACACUAAAAUUCAGCAAGUAAACUUAAAAAGAAAUCCUUGUUAUAGGAAAAGUGCAAAUUUUGAAAAAAAUGGCCGUCAAAUUUCGGCUGCCAUAGAAUUCAAAGUAUGCUUGGCCAUACCCGUUACGACAGCCUUCAAAUGUUCCUAGAUAAUUUUUAGAAAAGUCGUUAGUUUUCAUAGCUCAAGAGGCUUUUAAACGAUCUUUGCUUAUUAAGGAUAUGAAUCCAUUGGAUGCUACAAGGACACCGCACAUCGUGCAAUCCACCCCUUGGAAGGAAAGGACCCUGUUUUGGAUGGAUCUUAUUUGAGUCGAAAAAACCCUGUGGAAAAGUGUGCCGCAGCUGCAAUGAGAGCGGGUUACGGCAUGUUUGCAGUUCAACAUGGCGGCUGGUGUGCGGCCAGUGCAAUAGCGCCACAGACGUUUAACACGUAUGGAAAGUCUACAGCUUGUAAGGAUGACGGCGAAGGUGGACCAUGGGGUAAUCAAGUCUAUGUGAUCAAUGGUAAGACUGUGUUUCGAGACACGCCUCCAAUCUGAAUUUGAUGAUGAGACAUGAGCCAUUUCAUGCUAUCAGUUACCGAGAAUAUUGGACACGUUUUCAUUUUUUAUGCAACCAGCUUUUUGUCACAGUUAUUUAAUUCUGAAGGUAACUAUUGUGUAACAUAUCGUAAUGGAGCAGAUCUUAAGGUAACAAGGCACGACAACUAUGAUAAAUAAAUAUAAAGAUAUCCCCAUCAGUUAAAAGUGACGGAACUCGUAACUUUAAAAACGUAAGUCCAUUCUCAUACACGGAUGUUUUAUCCUGUGUUUAGUUUUGUAUUCAGGAUAUGAAUCCAUUGGAUGCUUCCGGGACAGGCCAAGUCGAGCAAUUCAACCCUUGGAAGGAAAGAGUUCCCUUUUGGAUGGAACAUAUUGGACUCGAACGAAUCCCAUUGCAAAGUGUGCUGCAGCGGCUAUAAGAGCAGGUUACAGUAUGUUUGCUGUUCAACAUGGCGGCUGGUGUGCAGCCAGUGCUACAGCGGCGAAGACGUUUGACAAGUAUGGAAAAUCUACAUCUUGUAAGGAUGACGGCGAAGGCGGACCAUGGGGUAAUCAAGUUUAUGUGAUCAAAGGUAAGGUAGCUUUUGGAUACACGCCCGUCAUUUAUUUAGAUGAGAGACAUCAGCUAGUGCAAAAUGAUAAUAGUUGCCAAGCAUCUUCAAAAUAAUUUUUCUUGGUAUAAAACCUGGCUUUACGCUAAUGACUGCAUGGGUUCACCAUCAGAUAAGUGACAGAAAAGUUAACUCAGGAACCAUUUUCGUAAACUUUCUUUAAACCGUUAAAGGCAUCAACUCUCAAAAUUCAAAUGCAUAUUUGAAAUUACAGGGUCCGCGCAGAAGUUUCCGAAGGGCGGGAACCAGUGGAUUCAACUGAGCAUGCUAAGGAAAGUGGGGGUUGGGGUAAGAGAUCCGAGGACAUCUUCUAUGCGGGUUCAAACGGAUCUAGCGGUUAUAAAAGAGUUAACGGGAUUUUAGCGAUAGAAUGAACAACCUAAGCGGUUGCAAAAGAACCUGAAAAUUCAGGCUUGACCGAGAAUAGAACGCUUUGCCUUUGCGAUGGCCGGACGCCACGCUCAGAUUUUUCUUAGCAAAGAAGGAAUUGAUAAUUAUUGUCGAAAAGCUGAAUUCAUUGCGUUUCCAUGCAUGUCACUUUUUGUUAAAAAGCUUGAUGUUCCCGUACUUAAUUGUAAAUUACAAUUUCUAUAAACUUGCACUCUUACAGACACUUUAUAAACCCAUUUGACCACUUUUUGCGAGACUACAUCGCAUAAAAUGUCCAUGAAAUCCUAAUGUUUUCCUUGUAAAAUUCAAUCUACAUUUACAGAAAUCUUAAACCUUUCCACCUUUUAAAAUGUGAACAUAGUCCUUGUAAAAUACUCAAGGAAAAAACUCUGUAUAAUAGAUAAGAUGAAAUGUCAACAAAAUCUUCGUAAAUUUAACAAAAUAAAGGUGGAAAACGUUAAUGAAAAGUUGAAAAAAAUCUUUUUACAAUGUUUACAAAAAGUGCAAAGAAUGUUUGCACAAUAUACUCGGAGAAAUACAAGGAAACUGUGCAAGAUGUUUGUUUGUUUGUUUGUUUUUUUCUUCAAUAAAAUAACAAUGGAAGGAAAACAGGAAGAACACAAAUCGCAGCAAAAUAUGUGCAAAAGUGAACAAAAUGUUUGUAAAUGUCCAUAAACAAAGUACACGUCUUAAAAAUUUAAGUAUUUUAUUUUAAUUUUCUUUCAAAUGCUGACAUAAUAGAUAUUUGUUUCAUUAUUACAAUAAAGAAUUGAAUAGAUACAUAUAGAAACGAUAUUUUAUACAAGGUGCGUUUAAUUCUCCAGCCAUCGGAUAUAUCUAACUUUCCGAUCACAGAAGUUCAGGUUUCACGACGGUAAUCAUCGUUUUGUUGCUACAGAACUGUUUCGUAUGGUGCAAGGACCACACUCAUCAGGCAAUUUUUCAAUCGUCAAAAUUGCCUGAUGAGUGAGGUCCUUGCACGAUACGAAAAAGUUCUGUAGCAAUAAAACGAUGAUUACUCGUGAAACCUGAACUUCUGUGAAUUUAUAGCUGAUGCUCCUCAAUAAAUUGAGUCGAGCGCUCUACGAAAUGCGUUCUACUCAAAAAACGAAUUUGUAUAUAUAUAAAGAAUUGUGUAUAUAUAUUAUUCAGUUAGAUGUUCACUGGUCUCUCUCUCUAUAUAUAUAUAGUAAGUCGCACAUUAAAAAAAAAAAAAAAAAAAACAUCAAGACACCUCCUCUCAAAAAUAAUGAGUAAAGUUUACUUGUGAAGAAGAGGUGUUCUUCAAGUUCACAUGCCGCAGGCAAAUGGUUUCUUCAUAGUCCCUUACACGGACGAUUAUGCUAUUUUUUACACCUUUGCUGAAAGUUAUUGAAGUUAUUUUAUCUGCAAUUCUAAGGCAUUUUCCAACCUUUAAGCAGCGGCUAAUUCAUAGGAUUCAUGUACUGAAGACUUAUUGUGGUUAAGGCAAAGAACCAGAUCCUUAGUCUAUUAUCAAAGACUGAAUUUCUUUAAUGAAGAUCUUUAGGAAAGAAUAUACUUUUUUGCAUGACACAAAUGGGGUGGGGAAUGGGGGAGCCGUAAGGCCCUUUGCUCCCCCCACCCCGCAGGCCCUGCUGUUAUAUCAAAGUUUCUUUUACAUUCAGGGUAUGAAUCCAUUGGAUGCUACAGGGACACCGGAAACCGAGCAAUCCUACCCUUGGAAGGAAAGGAUUCUAUUUUGGAUGGGGCAUAUUGGACUCGAAAGAACCCCAUUGCAAAGUGUGCCGCGGCUGCAAUGAGAAGAGACUACAGCAUGUUUGCAGUUCAACAUGGUGGCUGGUGUGCAGCCAGUGCUACAGCAGGGAAGACGUUUAACAAGUAUGGAAAGUCUACAGCUUGUGGAUCCGAUGGCGAAGGCGGACCAUGGGCUAAUCAAGUUUAUGUUAUCAAAGGUUAGUGUAUGAUAUCUUAAGUUGUGCUUAUCUAACUGCAGACUUUACUGUUAUGGUAAACUAUGAAAAGGAAUUUAUUCACAAACGUUUCAACAAAAAACGUCAGGUAAUCCUCUGUGACUCCUUCAAGAGAUAUCAGCUUUGAUAUUUUAACUUUGAUUAAAUUUUAGCAUCUAUUGGAUGUUACAAGGACACCUCAAAUCGAGCAAUCCAGCCCUUGGAAGGAAAGGAUCCUAUUUUGGAUGGAUCAUAUUUGAGUCGGAAGAACCCCAUUAAAAAGUGCGCCGUGGCUGCCUCUAGAGCUGGUUACAGCAUGUUUGCAGUUCAACAUGGUGGCUGGUGUGCAGCCAGUGCUGCAGCACCAGAGACCUUUGACAAGUAUGGAAAGUCUACAGCUUGCGGUUCUGAUGGCGAAGGUGGACCAUGGGCUAACCAAGUUUAUUGUAUGGCUAAUUGCUGAUCUGUUAGUGGCCCUGGAUGAGUUGUUUGCCACGAGAGUGUACACCUCUCCGUAGCAGAAAAAAAUAGAAUAAGGGCUACAUGGGACAGCCGAAACAGUGGUUGCUCCACUGUUUAACGUAGGUCAGUUUAUAGUAGCAUAGAGCUGAUGUGGAGAAAUGUAAGCUUUAGGAGUUUGUUU